GCCAAACCCAAUGACAUGCUCACAGGACAUAACAAAGUUCAAUAGAUACAUGCAACAACAGAGACUUUACCAAUUCCUCACUGGGAUUCAUGAUAGUCUUGACAAAGAAAGGAGAGAAAUUCUCAAUAGUCCUUACCGAUGGUGGAGACGGCUUAUGCUACAAUCAGAUGAGAAAUUGCACGCCGGAAGAUUAUGACCGGCGUCUCAUCACUAGGAACAAAUCCCUCAGAGAUUGGAUCAGGCUUGGCCACAAGAAACAAAACAUUUCAGAAAAGCCGAGAAGAAGAUGACCAGAGAAAACUCCGAUGUACCCACUGUGGUGUUUCACGGCAUACAAAGGAAGGAUGCUUCAAGAUUGUGGGAUACCCUGAGUGGUGGGACGAUCUACAGAAACGGAGGGCCGCCACCAAGGCACCGGCAAGCCGGACCGGCGGCAAGGCCCACCUAACUGCUGCCGACCAACCCGAUACAUCAUGUAGCAAAUCAGGAUGCUCUGAUGGGGACGAUCAUUGGGCGUGGUACUGAACGGGGUGGAUUGUACUAUGUCGAUGAAGUGAUUCCAAAUAGUGGUGCAAUGCUUGCUCAAGGAUCUCCUACUCACCAAUUGCGGACUUGGAAUCGUCGUUUAGGUCAUCCAUCCUUAGGUUAUCUCAAACAUCUUUUUCCUUCUCUUAAGAGUUGUACUACAUAAUUAGAUUGUGAAACUUGUGUACUAGCU